UCGCUCCGCGCUCGGGGAACGCGGCCCCCGCCCCGCGGAGCACCAGCCUCGCCUGCGCUCUCCGCCUUUCUCCACGCGCGACCGACCAUGGAUGGCAACGCGCGGCUCUCGGUGCCGAGCACCUUGGAGGCCCCGCUGAUGUGCGAAGCUCCGGAAGCGCAGCGGAGCAGCGGCGGUGGCGGCACAGCAAGCAGCCUGGGCGGCCCCAUCACCGCCUGUAAGAAGAAGAGAGCUGCUUGUUUCAAUAGGAAGGCUCACAGAACAAGCACUGAGAAGGUGUUCUGGUUCCCCCAGGUUCUCCGCAGCAAGAGCUUGCUGGAGUCCACAGACUACUGGUUACAGAAUCAGAGAACGCCCUGCCAGAUCGGUUUUGUGGAAGACAAGUCUGAAAGCUGUGCUUCCGUCUGCUUUGUGAACCUGGAUGUGAACAAGGAUGCGUGUAGCACAGAGCACCUGCAGCAGAAACUGGUCAAUGUUUCACCAGAUCUUCCAAAACUUAUCAGCUCCAUGAAUGUCCAACAGCCAAAAGAAAAUGAAAUUGUUCUCCUAAGUGGCUUAGCAUCGGGAAAUCUCCAGGCAGAUUUCCAAGUUUCACAGUGCCCUUGGCUGCCCGACAUCUGCUUGGUCCAGUGUGCAAGAGGGAACAGACCGAACAGUACCAACUGCAUCAUCUUUGAAAUCAAUAAAUUCUUGAUUGGACUGGAGUUGGUGCAAGAGCGGCAGCUCCACCAGGAAACAAACAUCUUGAAACUGGAGGAUGACACAAACUGUUCCUGGUCCUCAAUCGAGGAAGACUUCCUCACUGCCUCUGAGCACCUGGAGGAGGAGAGCGAGGUGGAAGAAUGUAGGAAUGGUUAUGAAAAUAUAAAUGUAUCAACCAAUGUUUUUGAAAGUAAAAAGCCAAGGGAAACCACUCAGGCAGAAUGGGAUGACAAGAAGGAGAAGCUCUUUUGUGUUUUGGAAAACAAAUGUGUUAGCAAAUAUCAUACACAAUUGAUUAAAACAGAAUCUCUAGAAAACACAGCCUUCCAAAGGCCGGAUUCAUCACCCAAGCCCUUACAGGUGAGCAGUGACUCUGUGGGGAAUGAGCAACCAGCCACAAAUCAUUAUUCAGACAAUUUUGAAGAUCAAGUAGAAAAAUCCCAAGCACUGGACAUUUCAAGGGAUGCCCAUUUCUCCACGAUGGUUGAGAAAGGUGUGCCUGCUGCAGGUGCCACUGUCACUGAGCAGGGUGGCACCCUAGAGCCAGGGGACCACGAAGGCCCAAGAAAUUCUCUUCCUCCUGUCCAAGACGGAGAAGCUACCACUGGAGAGUAUGCUACAAACUUAGCCGAAUCCGUGCUGCAAGAUGCAUUUAUCAGAUUAUCUCAGGCUCAGCCUGCACUGCCCCCAGAGCCUGCAGUCAGCGCUCCCGUAGAAAGUGCUCUGUUUCCCAGUGGCUGCUCCACAAAUGAUGCAGUGGCUGCCAGGUCGUGGAAUGAGCUCCCCAAAAUCGUCAUUGUACAGAGUCCAGAUGGCGGUGAUGCUACCCCUGACGCUGGUGUCUCCUCCUGGCCUGACGCUGACAUUUCUGUUGAUGCCACAAGUGUUCUCCCUGGGGAGAACCCCAGCAGACACCCUCAGAGUGCUUUAGAAAUAGCAUUAGCUUGCGCAGCCACUGUGAUUGGAACGAUUUCCAGUCCACAGGCCACAGAAAGACUCACGAUGGAGCAGGGAUCCUCAGUGUCAAACUGCACCCUGGAAGACAGUGGAGAGCUGCAAACUCAGGAAUCCCCAGGAUUCAAAGAACCUUCCAUCAGUGACUACUCCUUCCCAUCCGCUUUGUGUGGGAUGACUCAGGUGGCCAGUGCUGUCGCUGUCUGUAGCCUGGGUGAGAGAGAAGGGGUGUCAUGCCCGGUGGCCCCGAGUGGCCUCUUGCCUGUAGCUGAGGCAUCUGAAGCCACCUCUCCGCUUUGUGGUUUAGGGACAGAGAAGAGCAUGGAGCUGGAAAAGGAAGCCAUUGCAGAGGCUUUGCUCACAGAGGCAGCUCUGGUUUUAACCAGGCCUGGAUCCUACGGCGGCAUCGGAGACCUCAUGGAUUCUGUGAACAGGAGAAUCAUAGAAACUGCUUCAAAGCCUCAGACCUUGUGCUCAGAAAACAUCCUCAGGAAUGACCUGGCGCAGACCCUGUCCAAUGUUAUCCUGAAGCAUUCCAUUGAUGAAGUUCACCAGAAAAAUAAAAAAGUCCACCCCAACAAUGGCAGACCUGAGUUUGACUCCCUGGGCACCCUCAUGGAAAGCACAAAUCAACUGCUACACAGUGUGAUCUGCUUCACUUUCAAGAAGAUGAGCCACAUUGUGAAGCUUGGUGAGUGUCCUACUGUCCUUUCCAAGGAGACCAUCAGAUGGCUAGAGACAGAAGCCCUAGGCUGCCAGUCGUUUGAUCAGACUGCUGGUCAAGCAUGGGCAAAAGCUACAGAAUACUCCAGUGGCCAUCUGCCUCAUAGUCCCCACAGCACUAGUCUCACCAUAGAUGAUCUUAUGGAUGACGUGUAUCCAAAGCAACAGAAGAGUGGAGUGAGGCCGGGCCCAUUCAAGAACCCCACACUGCCAUCCGAAUUGUCAUGUAGUCACCAAGUGCUGGAUUCUUUUACUGCUAAAACAUCUCCCAAGGGAAUGCAUCUGAAAGGAAUGGUGGGAGAGGAUACAAAGACCCCUCAGCAGACACCCAGUCACAAGGGGAAUGAACGUAGAGCUUCUUCAGGAGCAGAAAGGACACCAGCAGUGGGAAAAUGCAGAAGCAGUUCUGGGAGUGCGGAGGACAGCAUUGACCUCAACCCCCAAGAGAAGGGCAGCUGUGCCACAUCUCAGAACAAUGUCCAAGGUAACCUGUCCUUGUUAGCGGAUGACCUGGUGCUUCCAGCUCAACCCGUGCUAGAAGCAAAGCACACAGCCCUCUACUGCAUUGCAGACUUCGCGGAGGAAUUAGCAGAGACAGUUGUCUCCAUGGCAACUGAAAUUGCAGCUAUCUGCCUUGACAACUCCAAUGGAAAACAACCCUGGUUUUGUGCAUGGAAAAGAGGGAAUGAGUUUCUGAUGACACCAAACGUACCCUGCCAAUCUCUGAAGAGAAAGAAGGAAAGCCACGGCAGUGGUGGCACCCUGAGGAAGCACAAGCCACCGAGGCUCAGUGAGAUCAAGAGGAAAACCGACGAGCACCCUGAACUUAAAGAGAAGCUCAUGAACAGGGUCGUGGACGAGUCUAUGAACCUUGAGGAUGUCCAGGAUUCUGUCAGCAUUUUUGCAAAUGAGGUGGCAGCCAAGAUCAUGAACCUUACGGAGUUCUCCAUGGUGGAUGGCGUGUGGCAAGCCCAGAGCUAUUCCCGAAAUCGCUUACUGAGUGGUGACAGGUGGAACCGGCCGAAGGCGUCCAGCUGCGAAAGCAUCCCAGAGGAGGACUCUGAGGCCAGGGCCUACGUGAACAGCCUGGGUCUGAUGAGCACCCUAAGCCAGCCAGUCAGCAGAGACAGCUCUGUCUCCAAACAAUCCAGCUGUGAGAGCAUCACUGAGGAGUUUUCCAGGUUCAUGGUGAACCAGAUGGAAAAUGAAGGGAGAGGGUUUGAGCUCCUGCUGGAUUACUACGCUGGCAAGAACGCCAGCAGCAUUCUGAACUCAGCAAUGUUACAGGCCUGCCGGAAAAAUGACCACCUCGGCGUGAAGUCAAGCUGUCCCUCUAAGCAGUCCAGCACGGAGAGUAUAACGGAGGAGUUCUACAGGUACAUGCUGAGGGACAUCGAAAGAGAAAGCAAAGACAGCACCUCCUCCAGACGAAGCAGCCAGGAGUGGAGCACUGGUUUCCUGUCUCCUUCUCUGCGAGCCCCGCUUUGUUACAGGCAGUCAUCCAUGCCGGACAGCAGAUCCCCGUGCGCCAGGUUAACAGUGAAUGCACCGGUCAAAGCCAACUCUUUAGAUGGCUUUGCCCAAAACUGCUCACAAGGUUUCCUGAGCGUGCAGACCGUCAGUAGCACCUCCUCAUCUGGUCUCUGCAAAUCUGACUCAUGCUUGUAUCGAAGAGGAGGGACUGACCAGAUCACAAACAUGUUAAUUCAUGAGACGUGGGCAAACUCCAUCGAGGCCCUCAUGCGGAAGAACAAAAUUAUCGCGGAUGAUGUGGAGACCGCUGAUGCCAGUCCUGUUUCUGGCAGUUCUCCCUCGCAAGGGGAAAAGUGUGCAAACAGAUUAGCUGCAAGCAGAGUGCCCUGUGGCCCAACUCUGCUUGUUCAGGAGUCUGUUGAUUUCCCAAGGAAGGACUCUGUUAUGGAAAGCAAACACCCCCGAGUGUCCUCUCCAAGCGAAACUGCUCCUCUUACAGACACCGAUGAUUUAGAUUCUAAAAAGGAAAAUUCCUUGUGCCCUGAUGCUGGUCCUUUAAGCCACGCCAGGUGGUCCCUUUGCUCCGGGGGUGUGCCUUUGAUUCAGAUUGAAACAGACCAGAGAGAAGACUGUGCCAGGGAACCCGAACCUUUGCCUGCUGAAAGCAGCUCCUUACCGGAAGCAGAUCAUGUGAAUGAAGAAAGGGUCGCAGAUGUGGCCAAAAGUGGAGGCACAGACACAGCUGUCUGCCAGAACCAUAGUGACAAUCUUGAUGCCAGAGAUGGACCAGAAGCUGAAGCCACCACAGAAGGCAGAGUCCCCAGCGAGUUUCCCAGCCCUCCCAGCAGCAGUGAGGAGAGUACAGGCAGCUGGUCCCAGCUAGCCAAUGAAGAGGACAUCCCAGAUGACACAAGUAGCUUUCUGCAGCUCAGCGAACGAUCCAUGAGCAAUGGCAACAGUAGUGCCACUAGCAGUCUUGGCAUUAUGGACCUGGACAUUUAUCAGGAAAGCAUGCCUUCUUCUCCCAUGAUUAAUGAAUUAGUAGAAGAAAAGGAGAUUCUUAAAGGACAGUCAGAAAGCAGAAAGGAACAAGCUUCUGGACUGCCAGGGACAGCAGCCAGCCACCAGAGGAGCCUGCUGGUGAUCAAUUUCGACUUGGAACCGGAGUGUCCGGAUGCUGAGCUCCGAGCCACUCUGCAAUGGAUAGCUGCCUCCGAGCUUGGGAUUCCCACAAUCUACUUUAAGAAAUCUCAGGAAAACAAAAUUGAAAAGUUUCUAGAUGUCGUUCGUCUGGUCCACCGGAAGUCCUGGAAAGUCGGGGAUAUCUUUCACGCAGUCGUGCAGUACUGCAAAAUGCAUGAGGAGCGGAAAGAGGGGAUCCCAAGUCUCUUUGACUGGCUCCUGGAACUGGGAUAAGGCAGUUUUGCCCUGGGGAGUAUUUCUUUCCUUAGAUAACAGUGCUUUGCUCAAUGCUCUGAACUUUAUCAGUACAUCACAUCAUAUUAGCAGCACUAUAAAAAAACCUACUGCUCAAGUCCAAGGUACGAGGAAUAACUGACAGAAGCCAAAAUAUAGACCUGUACAAAUCAAUACAACAUGUUCAAAAGAUCCUGAAUUGGAAUGGCUGGCAAAAGAGAUACUUCAGUGGAUGCCCAAAUUAAAAAGCUUAUAACUAGUCCCAUGGUCCAGGAAACUGGACUCAUAUACGUUCAAUAAUAUAAAAUGAUAGAAAAUGUCUCCAAUUAUGUGAAUCAACUUGACAUGAAUUCACUGGUGAAAAUAAAAUUUUAUAAACUAUGCUGUAACUUUUAUUGUACUGCCAGCCCAGGCAAACAUUUAGGAUAUGGAUAAGAACUUUCCAAGUUUAUACAAAACAUUUUCACUUUCACACCAGAAUCAGUAGCUAUGAGCAGACAUGCAGUAGUGCAUCCAUGUCCUCUACUGAGUUACGUCAUUCAUUCAUUGCAAUCCAUUGAUAAAUAUUCCAGUGCUUCCCAACAAUCUCUAAGCUCCUUGGUAAUUAAAAAACUAACAGCAUUCAACUGAGGGAGUGGGAGAUUGAUGAUUUCCUUGUUUCCAUGAAAAUAUUGCCUGGGCAAAAUGAUUAUGGAAUUCUGAGCCUAUGGGAAAGCUUUCUUACUAAAAAGAAAAAAAAUAGUUUUUUGAGAUUAAAAUCUGCUUAUGUAUUGAAUUAUAUUAAAUAUAAACUUUCAUUUUAUUUUUAUUGUAAAUUAUGGUGAGGCUAUUAUCAUAAAUAAUAUAUUGAGUUAGUUUAGAUGUUAAUAAACCAGGAAGAUAUUGUUCUUGAAAGUCACUCGUUGAUGUUGAGCCUGGUGGUUUGUUGUAUCAGGAAGGUGGUGACACUCCCAUUGCUGAUAUGCUGCUUUGAUGACCUUCAUAGUGAUAGACAUAGGGUAAAAAGCUGUGUUAGGCAUGACCAUUCAGGAUGACAGGAUUUCUACGCAAUGAUACUGGCACUGGGUUUGGGGCAUAAAAAGACUAUCACAUUUAAAAUAUUUUAAUAACAGAAAUUUACUCUUGUGGAAACUAAAAGUAUCUAACAUCUACCUAUUAAGUUUUUCUUUCCUUCCAACUAAAUGAUCGAAGAGGUUUACUAAGCAUCUUCUGAAAUACUGUGCUUGUACUCUGUUUUUAAAUUUUGCAAAGAUAUUAUAAAUGUAAACAAAGCCCUACACUAUUGAUGCUGGUAUUGCAUAAUCAUCCACAUUUUUCAAAUGCUAAGAAAGCUUCCUAGUAAGCCAUACUUUCCCCCCUAUCAACUCAUGCCAGGAAUCUUGUCUAGUGUUCACUGGGCAUUUGUUAUACAAAUAGUCCAAAUUUAGGUUGUAUGUUUAAUUUGACACAUGAACCAAAUUUAAAAUCCAUCCAUCUUCUCAGACUGAAAUGUGCUUCUUUGUGCUACUAAAUGGAAAAGGAUAUAUUUAUUUUUAAACAAUCUCAGAAUAUUAUGUGUAGCUUUUUGUCAUGCUCAAAUAAAUGUUUACUUAUCUUACAAAGCACAAAUACUGGAUUGUAACCAUGUGAUAAAGCUGUAUAUGUUGUACUACUGUUGCAAACAAUCAAUAAAUUUCUGUUGCCAAAUUA